GCAGAGCUGACUCAUCGUUGUGCGCUAUUUCGCAAUCGCCAUGGCAGUGGUGGUACACAUGGCCUAACUCGCUCAUUUUACUUCUCUUCUGCUUCAGAGCGAUUUCGUAAGAGAUAAUGACGCUCCAUGAGCCGAAAGUAUUCAGUCAAUCAGAAGAGCCGCAUAUCAGUCAGAUGGAUUCUCGUAUACCUACCGACCAGGCGCAUAUGAUUAACGGAGAGAGACCAGGUGUUUUCCAUCACGAAUACGACCCUUCAGAAGAGCUAGACACGCACACUGAGAUGGUCGCUCCCAAUGUCGAUGCUCGUAUUUUUGAAAGACAGGAUUCUUUGGCCCGAGCAGCAACUCUGCAAGAAUGUGAUCGCGAAAGGGACCCUGAGAUUCUAAAUUUUUUGGAAACUACAAUGAAUAUCGAAGAUUACCUUGAGGAUAUAACACAAGCGACUGGAGUCCCUUCAGAAGAAAUUGACCUAGACGAUUACGAAUUGCAAAAAUGCAACAUUCUAUAUCAAGAUGAUAAAAUGCAGCCAUACGAUAGCUACGAUCCAUUCGCUCACGAUAUUGGACUACAUGAACAUAUGGUGCCGUUGGAUUACGAUCCAAAACCGCUCACACCAGCUCCCACGGCUCCUUCUUCUGUGGAAAACGUGGUCGUCAAGACAGAGCCGGCUUGGGAAAGUGGUGCGGCCCCAUCCACCUCUAAUGCGCUACCAGCCAAACGAGGCCGUGGCCAACCAAGGGAAGAUGUCUAUACACCAACGACAACGGCCAGGAAAUACAGACUGAAGACUCCUCAAGAACGUAACAACACUUCAUACAAAGUGAAGCGACAAAGAAAUAACGAUGCCGUGCGAAAAAGUCGUACAAAGGCCAAACAGCUCCAAGCGUUGAAGGAGAAGCAAUUUGAAGAAGCCCAGAAUGAACUCACUCGAUUGCGGGCAAAGCUUCAGCACUAUGAAAAAGCUCAGGAAGAACUCAAUCACCUGAGGAAAGAGCUUCGUAUGGCCAACGAGCGGCUCGCUAAGUGUCGCUGUCGCCGUUGAACGUCGCUACAAUCUGGUCAAAUUGCUUCGAAAAUGUAUUUCUCUCACAUAUUUUUAUAUACUCAUACUCGCAUGUUGUGUAUGUUGUGGGCAUGUUUUACAUUGUUGUAGUGUAGAAAUAUCUAUUUUUGUGCAUGUUUUGUUAAUAUGAUGUACAGUUCUCAGCUACCAGCUGUGGUAGGCUUGGUAGCUGUAGGCAUUUUGUAUUCCUAUGGAAAUGUUAAGCAAUGUUUUAGCAUAUGUGUACCAUUACUGUCACUCAUCUUGUGCGCCGUUGCAUACUUCUCGUUGCUUUUGUUAUCGUUAUAAAUGAUACAAUAGCAGUUGUCUUUUACUUGGUCAAGUAAAUAGCUGUCGAGCA